CUGAGGUCCGCCAUUUUUCUGUCUCAUUUUGCUCUGUGGCAACAGUGCGCGGCCUCCGGCCGCGCGGCGGCGCUCUCAUCCGCCACGGACAAUAACUCAACAGGUUAGUGUUGAUGACGUCUGGAAAAGAAAACAGGAAACUCUGUAGAAACGAAAAGUUCGAGACGUUUUCAAGGCAAAGGUAUGGCCGCACCCCACAGUUAAAGGGAGGAUGCUCUCGAUACCAGCAAGAGAGUUGCAUCAUACCAUCCCUUGAUACAAAACCUGUUCAGCUGUGUUGAAAGUGUUUGCUGAGAUUUUUUCGAGGAAACUAUGGAAAUAAUUGCUGAUGCCAACUUGGAAAAACGAUAAAUAUUAACAGACAAUAUAAGGCCAUAUUUCUUUUUGCCAUUUUCACCCUUUGAUCUCUAAAUGUUGUGUCUCACUCUCCACAGAUGGCUUGCUUUGAAAUCAGUAAGAGGAGUUUGGAGGAGGACAGCUAUGAAGAAGGAGCUGUAGGUGGAGAGCUGUCCGUCUGUGCGUUGGCAAUGUUGGAAAAGGAGCGGGAAUCGCUUCUCAGCCCUUCAGAGAGCCCCAGCACUCUCAUCAGCAGCACCUCCGCUAGUCUUCAGGCCACUGCCCCCAUCCAGGGCUAUGAUGUGGAGUUUGACCCACCCUUAGAGAGUAAAUAUGAGUGCCCUAUCUGCCUCAUGGCUUUGAGGAAUGCCAUUCAAACCCCCUGUGGUCACCGUUUCUGCAAGAACUGCAUUGAGAAAUCCAUUCGUGAUGCGGGGCAGAGGUGCCCUGUGGACAAUGAAAGGCUGUUAGAAGAGCAGUUGUUUCCGGAUAACUUUGCCAAACGGGAGAUUCUAUCGUUAAUCGUUCGCUGUCCAAACUCUGGCUGUGCUGAAAAAAUGGAGCUCCGACGUUUAGAGAAUCAUUUGGCACAUUGUCAGUUUGCCACGGUGCCUUGCCCACAGUGCCAACAGUCUGUGAGAAAGAGCCACCUCGAGGAGCACACCACUGUCGAGUGCAAAAGGAGACCUGUGUCAUGUCCAGAUUGUGUGGCGUCCUUUGUUCACGAGGAGAGAGAGCUUCAUGAGCAGCAGUGUCCCUUUGCUAAUGUGAAGUGCCAGUACUGUGACAUGGAUCUGAUCAGAGACCAGAUGGAAUCUCAUUGUGAUACAGAUUGCCCGAAAGCACCCAUCGCCUGUAACUUUAGCACCUUUGGGUGUAAGGAAAGGAUGCAGCGCCACAACCUGGCUCAGCACAUGCAGGAGUUCACACAGAUGCACAUGCGCUAUAUGGCUGAGUUCCUGCGUGGCCUCAGCCUCAAUGGCACUACACACAAAUCACUGUGGACGCCAGGACCUUCUGUUUCCCUUGAGGAUCAAGGAGCUGCAGCAUCAGCCUGCAGUGGACCCAGAGCAGCUGCAAGCUGCAGCAGCAACAACUGUGCCCCGUGUCAGCCUAGUGAGGAGAUACAGAGACUCAGGGAGAUGGAUGGACGAUUGGUAAAGCAGGAUCACCAGCUGCGUGAGGUCAUCAUCUUAAAAGAAACACAGUCCGGCCAGCUUGCAGAGAUCAGGCGAAGAGUGUCAAUGCUGGAGGAGACGGUGAAGGAGCUGGAGUCCCAGCAGUGUCACGGUAUCUUCAUCUGGCGCCUCAAAGGUUUCUCUGCCCACCUGCGGAACCAGGAAGCAGGAGUGCCAGUGGUUGAGCACAGCCCCGGCUUCUACACAGGACGCCCAGGCUACAAGCUUUGCCUGCGCUUACACCUUCAGGCCCCCAGCGCCCCCCGCUGCUCCAACUACAUCUCCCUUUUUGUCCACACCAUGCAAGGAGUUUUUGAUGGGCAGCUGACCUGGCCGUUCCAGGGCACCAUCCGCCUUGCCAUUCUAGACCAGGGCCCCGAGGGUCAGAACCACAUGGAGGUGAUGGAGACUAAACCAGACCUGCAAGCCUUCCAGAAGCCCACCAUCCAGCGCAACCCCAAAGGAUUUGGAUACGUCACCUUUCUGCACCUGCAGCAGCUGAGUCAGAGAGCUUUUGUUAAAGAUGACACUCUACUCAUCCGCUGUGAGGUGACACCGCGUUUUGACAAUAUGCUUCACCGUGAGGGACCAACGGUGCAGCCUAGAGGACCGGAGGCCUCGGUUUCGAGGGACUAAAGUCAAAGUCAUAUCUAUAGUAUUCUCAUCAUGCUGAGAUCAGCACGGUAGAUCUUUCCGUGUUUGAAUACGACUCAGUUAGUUUUCAUUAACGCAUACCAGGAGGAGGAAAUUGUACGUUCACACCCAUCUGAAAUUUGGACACUGCAAGUAUUCUAGUAUUUAUUUGUUUCCCAACUUUUAAAUGUCAGUUUGAUUUUUGUUUUAAUAAACAUAUACAGUGCAAUCUUUUAAAAUAUAUUUGAAAUGUAUGUACUCACCCACAAGGUACCAACAGUCAGCAACCUUCAGAAGUUAAAAACUUUUAGAUAAUCACUAAUGUUUAAUCCGCUCAGAAGCAGCAGUUUAAGACGUGCACUGCUGCUUGCAGACUGAAUAUUACUGCAAGACUUUGCGCUCUUGUUCUGGUUGUUGGCGACAGCACUGAAUGUUAAAGAUACCCUGUGGAGUUUUUGACUACUAGUGGCGCUAUAUUUUUACCUCAUCCUCUACUAGGAGGAAAACAAAGAUCCACAUGUAUGCACAGGGGCAUGAGGGUGAUAUAAUUACUAGUUCAUACAAGCCAUUAAAAGCGAAGAAAAAGACGAGCAGGUGGAAGUAUCCCACAGGAGCAGCGCUGGGCUUUGUAGCAAAUUGGCCACAGUUGGAAUUCUGAGUCAUGUGACGUGCUUUGGUCCAAAAGGAUAUCUUCCCAUACCAAAUCAUAUAAAAGAAAUUGCAAAACUUAAACAUCUAGCAUCUUAUUUUCAUGCCAUUCAUGUGUGCUGAUAGUCGGCCAGCUCAGCCAGAGAACAAUUCUAAUGUGCAAUUUCUAUGGAUUCAAAAACAUAGAAACAUGAAGAACUUCUUUUCUGUGUAUGCGCCAGGUGAACAACUGACAUUGGAAUGAACGGGCUGCUAUCUUGAAAUACGGUAUCCAUUUAUUUUUAUAUAUCUAUAUAGGGGACUGUCCAUGUCAACUGGAGAAGGUGAAGCAGCACUCAAAGCAAAGAAACAGGCCUAGACAUGUCCAUCAAACAAGAGGAGGGUUAUGUGACGUUCCAUGGUUUCACUGGAUAUUUGGUGGCGGUAACAUGGCAAGCAACUUAGUAAUGUUCCAGCAAAGGAUGAAGAAGACUAUUAGUUGAUGUAUGGAUGUGUGGGCGUUUGGAAACGUAAAACAUUCGGAAAUUCUGCUUCACAAAUGAUUUACGAGGCAGGAAAUGCAUUCAACACAUUUGUUGGUCAAUGAUGCAUUCAGUGUAUUCUGUCAACUCCACAGGGUACUUUUUGUCAGGUAAUUUUAAGGAAUAGGAAGAGCAACAGACAUGUGCAUUCCAAAUCCAGCAUUUCAUGCUUCACCAGUAUCAGUAAAAACAUGGAGUUUCUGUUUCCCCGGUUUCCUCACACUGCAGAUUGUUUCAUAAUACAUGCUAUGUGGAUUUUUCACGAAGCUGCUCAUUUAGCUUUUGACAGAAUUUAUGGCUCCAUAUACACAAGUUCCUACCUAAUGUUACCACAAACAAUAUUUCAAGAGUUCACAUCGAUCCAACAUCAUUGGUCAUUACUUUAAACCGAUACGCUGCCUGUUCAGCCUUUACAUUCAUUAAUGUCAUUUAUAGUUUGUAUUUCCUAUUUUAGUAUUUGUCCUCCCAUUUGUAACAUUGCAUUGUGAUGAUGCCAUUCAAAGAGAUUUGACUGUGUAAAAAAGUAUUACUGUUGAUGUUAAUAACUGCAUGAGAUGUUGUUGGGCAUGAACUUUAGCAUAUGAUCAAAUACUGACGCAAAUAGCCUUGAAUUAAAGCAAAGCUUCCUUAAACCCACA